UGAGGCCCCGUCCCAUAACCCGCGGCCGCGGCGGCGCCGGCCUCUCCCGCGGAGUCCGCACGCCCGGCGGGCCUCGCAGCUACGCGAGGGCGACAGCAAGGCCCGAGGCCUGGGCCCCGGAGCCGAACCCCCAGCCCCACACGAGUCAGACGCCGUCUUUGGAGGAGAUGGAAGGCCAGGAGCGGCCGGCGCCCCCCGCCAGCCCGUUUGCGGACGGGCACCUGGUCCUGUGGACUCUGUGCUCGGUGCUGCUGCCCGUGCUCAUCACCUUGUGGUGCAGCGUCCAGCGGUCGCGCCGGCAGCUGCACCGCAGGGACAUCUUCCGCAAGAGCAAGCACGGCUGGCGCGACACGGACCUAUUCAGCCAGCCCACCUACUGCUGUGUGUGCGCGCAGCACAUCCUGCAGGGAGCCUUCUGCGACUGCUGUGGGCUGCGCGUGGACGAGGGCUGCCUCAAGAAGGCGGACAAGCGCUUCCCCUGCAAGGAGAUCAUGCUUAAGAGUGACAGCAAGGCCUUGGACGCCAUGCCCCACCACUGGAUCCGGGGAAACGUCCCCCUGUGCAGUUACUGUGUAGUUUGCAAGCAACAGUGCGGCAACCAGCCCAAGCUCUGCGAUUACAGGUGCGUUUGGUGUCAGAAAACAGUACAUGAUGAGUGUAUGAAAAAUAGCUUAAGGAAUGAAAAGUGUGAUUUUGGAGAAUUCAAAAACCUCAUCAUUCCACCAAGUUAUUUAACCUCCAUUAAUCAUAUGCGUAAAGACAAAAAAACAGAUUAUGAAAUGCUAGCCUCUAAACUUGGAAAGCAAUGGACUCCAUUAAUAAUUCUGGCCAACUCUCGUAGUGGAACUAACAUGGGAGAAGGAUUGCUGGGAGAAUUCAGGAUCCUCCUAAAUCCCGUCCAGGUUUUUGAUGUUACUAAAACUCCCCCCAUCAAAGCCCUACAACUUUGUACUCUUCUUCCCUAUGACUCAGCUCGAGUUCUUGUCUGUGGAGGGGAUGGGACUGUUGGCUGGGUCCUGGAUGCCCUUGACGAAAUGAAGAUUAAGGGACAAGAGAAAUACAUUCCACAAGUUGCAGUCUUGCCUCUGGGAACAGGCAAUGAUCUAUCCAAUACCUUGGGGUGGGGUACAGGUUAUGCGGGAGAAAUCCCAGUUGCACAAGUCUUAAGAAACGUGAUGGAAGCAGAUGGAAUUAAACUAGAUAGAUGGAAAGUUCAAGUAACAAAUAAAGGAUACUACAACUUAAGAAAACCCAAGGAAUUCACAAUGAACAACUAUUUUUCUAUUGGACCUGAUGCUCUCAUGGCCCUCAAUUUUCACGCUCAUCGUGAGAAGGCCCCAUCUCUGUUUUCUAGCAGAAUUCUUAAUAAGGCUGUUUACUUAUUUUAUGGAACCAAAGAUUGUUUAGUGCAAGAAUGUAAAGAUUUGAAUAAAAAAGUUGAGCUAGAGCUGGAUGGUGAGCGAGUAGAACUGCCGAAUUUGGAAGGCAUUAUCGUCCUGAAUAUCGGCUACUGGGGUGGAGGCUGCAGACUGUGGGAAGGGAUGGGAGACGAGACCUACCCUCUAGCCAGGCAUGAUGACGGUUUAUUGGAAGUUGUUGGAGUAUAUGGGUCUUUCCACUGUGCUCAGAUUCAAGUGAAACUGGCGAAUCCUUUUCGAAUAGGACAAGCACAUACAGUUCGACUGAUCUUGAAGUGCUCGAUGAUGCCAAUGCAGGUAGAUGGGGAGCCGUGGGCCCAGGGGCCCUGCACUGUCACCAUAACCCACAAGACACACGCACUCAUGUUGUAUUUCUCUGGAGAACAAACGGAUGACGACGUCUCUAGUACUUCAGACCAAGAGGAUACAAAGGAAACUGAGUAGAUGGAGGAGGAUGUGAGGACUUAGUGUAGAAUCCUCGCAAACAACCAGAUACCCAUUCAUCCAAAAUAGAACUCUGUCAACUAGCUUAGUCUUCAUUUCAUCAAUAGUAGAGUGGGUAUACAUUUAUGUAAAUAGCAUUCCAAAAACAGCCAGACCUCCGGUUGUUUACAAAUGCGUGGUCUUUCUGCAGCAAACACUUUGACCAUACAGCACUAGCUAAAAGUCACAGAACGUUCCACAAAGGCUCUGUGUCUGAGGGUAGGCUCGCUGACAUGUGCGCUCCCUCCCAUUCCUUAUUCUUGAACCACACAGUGGAUUGGACAUGUAUAUCCAGCAAGGUGUGGGUGGAAAAUCAUUGCCAUUUUAAUGUUUAAUGUGAUGACACUGUAAUAUUUAAAAAUGACUUGCUUUUUUGAAAGGAGAUGGUUGGUGUCAAACCAGCAUGGUUCAUGCUGGGCAUCCUCCUGCAGCACGCCUCUUAAGACUUCUUGCAGCCCAGCACCAAGUCGACACAUAAAUAUCUACUCCAGGAAACCCUAAAAGGAGAAAUGGAAAAGGAAGGCAAAACUCAGAUUUUUUGUUUUAAAUUUUAUUUUAAGGACACUUUCAGUCUCCUAUUGUUUGGUUAACUGUUAAUGACCGAGUUGAGCUGAAAUCUGCCAUCUUGUUAUACUCCAGUAUAGCUGAAAGGGAACCACCUAGGUGAAUUAUAAAAAUCAACAUUCAGAGCACUUUGUAUUGAAAGUUACAAGUUUCAGGACUUCCCUGGCAUUCUAGUGGUUAAGACAACAUGCUUCCACUCCAGAGGGUAUGGGGCUCAAUCCCAGGUCAGGGAACUAAGAUCCCACCUGCCGGGUGGCAGUCAAAAACAAAAAAAGUUAGAAGUUUCAAAUCGGACUGUUCACCAACUUCUCUUGAUUAAAAGACAGUGUCAACAAUUCAAACAAAAUGUACUAAGGAAAAUUUACCAGUCAGGUUAAUUGCUCAAAACAAGUUCAAUAUUGAUUGAUAACAUUUUAAAAAUUUGGUGGUCUUGCAGUAUUUUGAAAUACAAGAGUAUAUCCAAAGUACUUAACAGAAUUUUCCCUUGGGGAAAUGGAUAUAGAAUCCUCUGCUAAAAUGUUUAUAUAUUUAUUUUAAAAUGAGAGAUAUAUUUUUUUUACUUAUUUAUUUUCUUCACUGUGGUAUACUUGUGUUUAGUGUUUACAAUAUGUUACUUUAUUUAAUAAGUUAAAUUGAUCAUAAAUUCUGCUACUCGCAGAUAGAAAUGUAGCCUAAGUAAUAAUUAAAACCCUAAUUUAAUUCUUCUGAUAGAUAUAUUAUUUGGAUAUUCUCAUUCUUCAGAAAUAUUCCGAGGGUGCACUUCUGCUGCUCCCCAACCUGCUCCCUCAGGUUCCACAGCGAGGCUGCCCCAGGGGGCCUCCAGCCUGGUAUUUUUAGGACAGAUGGCCCAUUUGUGGAUUUGGUGGUCUUUUAUGCCAUUAAUCUCUGAAGAAUCAGAGUGUAUCUUCCACCAAACACCAUUAGCUCCCCUUAAAGAUCUGUUAAUGAAUUGUGUCGUCUAUUAUGAGUUGCCAGAAACUUAAAUUUCAGUCACCUUCAGGCCCAGGCCAUGUUCUGAAGGAAUAACUAAGAAAUGUAUACAGUAGUGGUCAGUUACAUUAGAAUGCUUUUAUUUUGCUUAAAGUAAUCUCUUCCAGAUCUCAAUGUGAACAGCUAAAUUCUAGUAUUGUAAGAUUUUGUGAGAAGAUCUGUUUUCACCUUAUUCACACACCAUUCACAGUAGUUACCUGUGGUGGUGGUGGGAGAGUCUGCAGAUGGGCUGGUCAUGUUUUGAGUAUAAUGAGCUUCAUUCUUUAAUUUGUGAUCAAAAUUGUUACCGAUAUCACAUUUUAUAAAUAUACUGUUAGAUUCACUUUGCUUUAGGCUAUAUUUUAUCUAUAAUUCAUAGUGCUAAUUAUAGAAUAAUCAAAGUAAAUAGUUAUUAGGGGGUAUCAGAAUUAAAAUAAUCAAAAUAACUAUAUAGUUUUUUUUUAUUUUUAAAACUGUAUUCUAGCUAUAAUGUUACAUUGGAUUUAGAACAGAGUCAUAUAAAACACCCUUAUUUACUUAAAAAAAAAUUGGUCUUUUAUUUUCAUAAUCCACUGAAAUUUGACCUUCAUGAAGUUUAUCUGUUAACCUUAUUCACUCAUUCAGACUUAAUUUUUUUAGGAAAGUUACUUCAGAAUAUCAUAUCAUAAAACCUAUUUUAGAAAAAUUCUCUAACUUUUUAGGCACAUUUACCCAGCAUUUCAAAUAAAUGUAUAGGCAUGUACCUUGUUUUAAAUAAAUACAAUUUAUAAGAUUCAUGUUUGCAAGUUACAUAUUAGGGUAGCAAUUGUUUGACACUACCAGAGUCCACACUUUACAAAAAAUGAUUUGCCAUAGAAUUUUUCUGUUCCAUUUUAAACUAUUCUGAUUAAAAAAAAAUAGUAACUUCUAAAUUCUCAGGAAGAAAUAUGUGAAUUAAAGCUUGUAUUCAUGUCUGUUUUCAGAUUUCUCCUUUUAUUGUUCUAAUACAGUUCCUAGCUCCUUGCUUAGUAGCUUAAAUACUGAAUGCCUGGCAGCUCUUAGGGAUCCUGUAAGUAGAUGAUGAUAAUUUUCAGUUUAAUUUUUUUGUUUGUUUGUUUAAUGGGAAUCAAACUGACUUGUGUUGUAACAUACAAGUUGUCUAAUGGUAAGAUUACAUGAUCCUAAAGGUGUUUUAAGUUUUCUGCAACUAUUAGCUGUGAACCCUUACUGUAGCUAACGUUUAUAAAAUUUUAUAGUCAAAAUUAUUUAUUUUUAUUUUUUUAGGAUGUGUCAAAAACGUGUAGUAUUUGCUUUUUGAAAUAUGUUUGCCUACCUAGAGUUGGAAAAUAUACUGUGACUCAGAAAUUGUAAACAGUCCUUUUUGCUGUAAAAAUGAAUACUACCAGCAUGUCAAAAGAAAAAUAGUGUGCAUUUGUAAUAUAAAGUAAAAUUGUACUUAAUGUAUAUUAUGGAAUUUUAAAUUUGCACUGACCAAAAAAUUUAAAGGUGAUAUUAAUUUACAGAUACACAUGGAUCCGAAUACGUAAUUUGUACUUGUUCAGCCGAAAAGGUCAACAGAAUGGGUGAUAAUUUUAUGUGGUUUUCCCUCGAGCUGAUAAUACUGAAACAAGAACCAGCACUUUAUAUUCAUACUUUUUUAAAGAAAUUAUACCUAAUUUGGGAUAGGAACGUAGGUAGAUUUAUUAAAAAUUUCUAGAAAUUUAAAAAGAAAAAAUAGUGUUGUUACUCUAUCUCAAUCUGAAUGAAGGUCUAUUCUCAGCAACAAGACAGAAGAGGUUGUUUUGGUUUUGCCUUUUAAAAGUAUAUCCCUGCCUUUCUCAGAUUUUCCCUUGGAGGCUUGUCUCCUGUUCCUCAGAAUACGCUCUGCAGGCUGUCUGUAGUAUCAGAAUCACCAUGGGAGCUGGUUGACAGUGUGGCUGCCUGAGCCCAGGAACCAGCCCUUGACUUCAGGAAGCAGGGUCUCUGGAGAUAAGGGACAUCUGCACCCGUGCUUCUUAUGCAACCAAAACGUUAAAGUUACUCAUCUGUACCUCCUGUGUUCACCUGGGGCUUUUGCCUGAUAAGAUACCAUACAGAAAAUUUGAAUUAAUUGGAUAUUCUUAAAUUGUUUUUCCUUUAAAGGAACUCUGAAAAAUGUGUUCAUAUCCUAUCCAAAUUGAUAAGCUGUAUUACAUAAAAGUUGGUAGCCCCAGGUUUUCCUGUGGAGCUGUGUAGGUUUGGGGCUGUGAUCCGUGGAGUCUUGGAGGACAGGCAGUGCUUCGGGGCCAGUGGAAUGGACCCCUGGAGGGCCCCUGCUUUCUCCCCAUGCUGGGGUGCUGCUUUAGAUCAGAUUUCAGUAGAUAAAGCACUUCCUUUUCAAAAAAAAAUUCCAGUAUUCUUUCAAAGAGUUUGGAAGCCAUUAUAAUGAUUUUGUCACCUGGUUAAUUUUCUACUGAUUUUUACAUUAAAAAGUAUUUUGGAUAUUUAGUUGCUGCUUGGAAUACGGCCACUUGGCUACUUCUCACAUUUUGAAGGCAUUUUGUUGAAUAGUAAAGCACUGACUUAGCCUCUGUUCCUCGUACUUCUAAUUUUAGUAAAGUAUAGAAAUGGUCGUGUAUUUAAUUCAUUUUAGUUUUGUAAAUACACACACAUUUACCUUCAUGGCCCUGACAGUACAGUCAGUGCAUGAGGCUCACAGGUUUCAAAAAGGUAUAUUCUUAGGUUCUGGAGAAAGAAUCAAAAAUUCACCCUCUAAUAUGGACGUUCACAAAACUUAAUGAUUGAGGUUAGUCGUCUACAGAAAUGUCUGCAGAAAAUGUCACCUAAAGGCUAUAAAUUUAAGUGUACUGCUGAUGGUAGACCUAGGACACUUCCUCAGUCUCUGCAAACAUCCCCCAAGCCACUUCACCGCUAAAGGGAAAUGUCAAAGCAGAAUGCGCUUUAGAAGGUAAACUACAGGAAGUCGCCAUCUCGUGGGGCUUUUUGAUGACUGACCAAAAACGUGGAAGAGAGCUGGAAAGUUAGGUUGCUUUCCUUGUUGCUCUGCCGCUGUCCAGGCAGAGGGCCUCCCUGAUCAGAUGAGGAGCCCGGGCUGUCUGAGCAGAUUCCUACAGUAAGGAAGGGCACUUUGUGUACCUGGGUGACGACGGCUCAUGAGAACACUUGCUCUUAGUACUCCCGUUCUGGCACUCUUUCUCUCCAAUUUGAUCAACUUGAAUGAGCCCAACAUAAAUGGGAACCCUGACUUUAAUUGUGUUUUGUGCAAGUGUAGAGCAGCCGGAUCCCUGGCCCUUAUGACUGCGGGUGAACGGCCUGAACUGGCUCUUGUGAACCACAGUGUCCAGGACGAGCAGCUCAAGCAGCCAGCUGGUCCUGCACACUUUCUGCCCCCUUGGCCUCCAUACUGCGUCCCUAUCAUGAGUCACCCUGUGUUAACUGUUUUCGUUGUGUUGGGUCUAUAAUGUGGUCAAUGCUUGACAGAGAAACGUGAAUUAAAGCAUUUGAUGUUGAAGAUGUUUGCUUGUUUUUUAAUAAAAUGUAAAGCAUAGCA